AUGAGAGGGGUCGACCUUCUUCAUUUCUGUGCUGCGGUUGUCGUGGCGAAGCACUCUAUAGCAGCUGUCGUUGACCAGGGCUGGUGCACGUGGCAGAGUCUACUUUAUGGCGUGGAGGACGCUCAGUGUUCAGAGGGGCGCUUGGAGUUCAACGAACCUGCCGAUGAGAACCAUUUGUCCGUCGCAUCGUCGUGGCCAGUGGCGACAUCUUGUGUUUCUGGCGGAAAUGGAACACGGACUUACUGCAUUUAUACUGACCGCGACGUUGCUAGGGAGAGAGGUAUCACGAUCAUCACGACUCCAUCCGAGGCACUCAAACUUGCCAAGACUACAGCGUUCAAAGACUUAAAGGGAUAUGAUCAUGUCAAGGACCUCAACGCUGCAGAGAGUCCGAGAUGGCGUGUGGAGGAAGUCCCUGGUAAGGGCAUGGGGUUGAUCGCCAAUCGGAACCUCCACGCCGGCGACCACAUCAUGAGCGUUUCAGCGUCCAUUAUGAUCGAUUAUGGCUUGUUCAUGGACAUUGGCGAAGAUGUGCGCACGCAAAUGCAGGCCAGAGCCAUCAGGUCGCUCCCUCUCAACCACCAACCAGCGUUCUUGAACCUAUCAACCCAUGAUGCUGUCCAAAGUUUUGAAGAACAAGUAGAUAGGAUCAUUUUGACGAAUGCUUUUGACAUAUCCGAUCGUGAAAUUGUCGAGAACCCGGAAGGCGUGGAAGACCAGCACUUUUUUACGGUAUUUCCUGAAGUUUCGAGAAUGAACCACGACUGCCGACCCAACGCGCACUAUUUCUGGGAUCCGAACACGUUCACGCAAAAUGUCUAUGCGAUUAAGCCAGUGACAGCUGGCGAAGAGAUUACUAUAUCAUAUGUAGACCAAUGCACCCAGCAUGAGCGCCUGGUCGCCGAGUCGGACGAGCGAAUUGUUCAGAUCCUAGAGUUGCAGCACUACCUGCGCGACUACAGCAAGACAUCGCCAGCAACGCCAGAUAUGGCAGAGCUCCUCAUCUCACUAUACGAACAGGAACGCAUUCACUCAAGGAUCUUUGAGGCUUACACCUAUGCUGCUAUCGAGUACAACGCAAUAGGUCAGCCGUGGAUGGCAACAAAGUAUGCUAGACUUGGCAUUCAACAUGGUUUUGUUGCCAACCAACCCACAGGCGAAGAUCACUUUGAUAUCAAGCAACUUGUCGAUGAUCCGUGGGAGCAUUGGUCGUAUAUGAUGAGGCGCAGCAACGGGGAAGCAGGUGCUUCCACUGCACACCCUGAAAAGAUGUCAAUAUAG